AUGGGGGAAUGCAAAGUGCAUCUAAGUGUUUCUUUUCUUCCUUUGCUUCUUCUUCUUCUUCUUCUUCUUCUUCUUCUUCUUCUUCUUCUUCUUCUUCUUCUUCUUAUUCUUCUUCUUCUUCUUCUUUCCUCGCUCACCACCACCACCACCACCUUCUUAUUCUUCUUCUUGAUCUUCUUCUUCUUCUUCCUCUUCUUCUUCUUCUUCUUCAAAUGA